CCAUUUCGAAAAGUUAGCGGUUUUAUCCGAAAAGCCAGUGCUUUGGUCGACCGUCUUUCUUACAAGAAACUUGGGAGCGGCACAAUUAGUAGACCGAGUUAUUUCCGGUGGCCAAGACUACUUCUGUGUCUUAGUGAGACGUCUCGGAACACUGCUGGUUUUGACGUUGGCUCUGGGUCCGGCUGUUUCUAAUUAACGCCUAGUGCCGCCCCCCACUGGGCAGUUGAUGGAAGCUCCGUCCGAUCCUCCACCAGCUCUGAGACCGUCAAACAAGGACAACCUGCAGCCUUCCUGGGAGCAAGAGGUGGGAAAGAUGUCGGGGGAUGCCUGGGAGCACAUCAGGUCUCUGGAUGAGACUGAGAACUGGCAUGAUAGAAAUGUGGUAAUCUCCAAGGCAGACCAUCAGUCCCACACGACAUGGGCCAGGGAAGUGGUAGAAGACAUGGUGGACAGUGCUAGCCACCAUCAGUCUGCCGACAGACCUCUACCAACUGACACCAUGCCACACCCAUCUGAUGCCCCGCCCACCCACAGCAGCAGUGGAGACGACUUCCGCUACAUGAACGAGUUCUCUGACCAGGACUUCCAGGGCUCUGCUGCCCAGUUCGACAUUGGGUACCUAGAGAACAUUGCCAACAAGAACCCCUCACAUGUCAGUGCUCUCACGAGGGAGAGUCUGUAUGUGAAAUUCGACCCCCUGGUGGCAGGGGGCCAGAGUAGUUCCCAUAAAUCGCCUCAUAUACCCCGGGCUCAUAGGGACCCCCACCUUACUAGCAAUGAUCUGAUGGCAGUGGACACGCCUCCCCGCAACCAGCCUGCCAGUGUGGACCUGCUCACCAGCAGCCCUGCAAGACUACCCACCACCCAGAUGUCAGACUUCCCCUCGCAACCUGCACACCCUCCUCCCUCCUCUCUCUCCACUUCUUUCACCCUCUCCACCUCCCCGCGUCCCUCUGGCCUCUCCCCUCGCUCCCGUCCCUCCCCAUCGGCCACUGCCAGCGGACGAGGAGGAGGAGGAGGAACUGGGACGCUGGUUGAGGUCCUCAAGUACGGGGAGGAAGACAUGGCUGCAGUGGUGGAGCAGACUAGACUUGAAGAGAGAGCUAAGCACGAGGCCCAGGUGCAGCUGCUGAAGGAGGAGCUGUCUCGGAAGGAGGCCGCAGCUCAGCGGAGGGUGGAGCGAGUCCAGAAGGAGUGCCAGGCUGUUCGCAGUGAACUCAAGAGCCAUGUCAGUGACAAGCAACGGAUCCUGGACGAACUGGAGCAACUCAGGGAGCUAUUGAAAACCAAUGAGAGCACGCAGGAGAUCCUGCACAGCCACUACGACGACCUGAGAGCCAAGGUGAAGGACAUAGAACAGCAGAGGGAGGUCGCCAUUCGAGAUUUCGAGGGUCUGGACAAGUCCUUUGCCGACCUCCACCAGAGAUACCUGAGACUGAAACAGUCCUCCGACUCACAGCAACAGCAAGAGAAGGCCCUUAAGAGCCAGAUUGCCCAGUUGGAAGAGUCAUGCCUACACUCAGAGGAGAAACUGAGGCAGCUGCAAGCAGACGCCACACAGCAGAUGAACGAUUUCAACAGUCGACAUGGAUCAACAAAGAAGCAGCACGCCCAAGACGUGGCCCUCACCAAGGCGACUGUCAGGAAACUAGAGUUCCAGGUGGAGACCCUCAACAGAGCUCUGGAGGAGAAGGCCAGAGAGAAAGAGGGUCUAACACAGCUGUGCGACGAACUGCUAGCACAAAUCAAUCCCUCCUAGGCUCCGCCCCUUCUCCUAGUUGUCCCCACCCCCUCCCACAUCGGCAACAGGUUUUAACACUGUGAACACUUGUACAGUUACAAGCCACUCGUCCCCAGUGAGUGACUCCUCCUCGGCAAUGUCCUCGUCUAGUCUCACAUGUGAUGUCAUAUUGUAUGUCUGUAUGUGUGUGUAUACUAUGAUAUAUAGUCGAUAUCUGUUUAAAAAAUCAUAUUGUGUCCGAGACAGUUUUUGCAGUAAUGUUGUUCAGUGAUAUAAUGAAACUGGAAUUGAUUUUUUGGGUCCACGACCAGCUUGAUGGAGUGUUGAAUUAAAUUCUCAGUGUCUCGACCGCCUUUGCUCUGUGUAAACAGAAGAAACUGAAUGAAUGCCAACUUGCGGAGGAGUUUGCGGUGGCUCACCUCUUGCUGCCUCCAACUCUCUGUUCUCUUUCUCCUUCUGCUGAGUACUGAGUGGGACUCGUAUACCCAAGGCACUGGACACCAUUCUUCUUGCCACCAUUGCAGUGGUCUUUGGUCGCCCCUCACCAUCCCCCCCUGGGGGACGAAGCUCACCUGCAAUCAAUCACACAAACCAAUAAUUUUUCUGCCUUGACACAAUCAGUAGACAGACUCACUGGCAUAGUUCUCAGCAGUUGAAAUAGACUGCUCUGUUCCAUCCCUCAACAUCCGUGUCUUUAUCUUUCUGUACACUCCACCGGCAGAGAGCCACGCUGUUGACAAGUACACACUAUAGUAGCAAUAGAACCGUACGUCUCACCCACCUUGCUUCUCACUGGCAAAGAUACCCAGAGCGUGGGUGUCGUCGACCCAUUUCACACAGAAUUCUGACCUGCCGUGGUCAAACUCUUGCAGCAGGUCUUGUGUGCUGAGACUCGGAGAAAACCCGUAAAUCUCAAUCACAAAUGGAAACUCUUGCUGGAUCUUCUCAGUGGACAAUGAAAGUUUGUUUAGUCCAUUAACCACACCAUUCUCCUUGGUUCUGUACGACAACGCACCCUCCUUCCCUCCAUCUCCCCCCUCGCCCUCCUCCCAACACUGUGGCUGCGUUCUAUUGUCAUAGGUCUCCUCGUGUAUCCUACUGUGAGGUGGUAUGCAGGCAUUUGAUAAUGACUGAUUUUGGGUCAAUGAAGGACGCAGAAUGCUGUUCACUGCCUUUUGGAAGAGGUUUGACAUUCCGUUUUGCUGCCUUUCCCUGUGUCUCCCUUCAGUCGGUGACUUUUCUCUCUCUCCCUUGGUCCCUCCAGGACUUCUUCCCUUCCCCCUCCCUCCUCCCACUUCUCCUCCUUUCUUGGUUCUCCCUUUCUCGUCCUCAUCUUCCCCCAGUUCCUCCUCGCUUCCUGAAACCUGUACCGAAAAAGAAAACACGCAGAGGUUUGGGCGUGGCACUUGUUUGCAGUUUACCUCAACUUCGAGUCCUCUUAGGCGACUCACAUACAGCCUCAGUAGCGGCGCGGCGAUUUGCAGUGCCGUCGCCAGCUCCUCGGCGCUCUCCAGAGGAGUCUGCCUCAUGUCCCUCGAGCUCUGGUAGGAGAUGAGAACGGGGGCUCCGCGGGGCAGGCAGUGCGCGUCCGUCACCAGACGGUAGAACGAGUCCAGAGUCAGCCGCUCGGCCUCAGUGCGAGGGACGCUGAUCCGGCGAAACUCGAGUUCGAACUGAGACUUUAUCUCCACCACUUCAGUAGGUUCAACAGGACCAUUCGACAGCGACAUGGUCGAAAUAGCUCGAGCUCAGGAACUUCUAAUAGGAGC